UGAGAGUGAGAGUGAGAGUGAGAGUGAGAAGGAGACGGCUGCGUGAAAUCCUCCGUGCUAUGGGGAGUGGAUAGUAGGGAGAGAUGACUGCCAAGCAACCCGAGCUGCCUGGGGGCAGCAGUCCCAGCGUCAGGAUGGCAGAGAAGAAGUUUCUGAUAGCCCAGCUAACAAAUUAUUUAAGAGAGGAUCAUAUUCAGCUGUGGAAAGCCCCGUACACCACUGAAAAUCAGCAGCCAGGCCCUGACUUAAGAGUGCUGGCUCAGAGAUAUUCUAACGGGCUGAAGUACAGCGUGGACGACGUAUCAAGUGCCCUGGAAGAAAUCCGAUGUUUAGCGAUACAGCGGGGUGCUGGGAACCAGGCUUUUAAAACAAAGGGCUUGGCCUCCCUCCAUGUCUCCUUGCCACGUAAAAUGAACAAGGGACACAAGAACUUUAUGGAGACACCAUUAAAUAUCACUGGCAAGGAAUUAAAGUGUCAGAUAGCACAAACAUAUGAUCUUCAGGAAAGUUACAUCAAAGUAAUUAUUAACAAGAAACAACUUGAAAGCGACAAAACCCUUGAAGAACAGGGCAUCGGUCACAACGUUAGAGUCCUAGUCCUCGAGCUGAGCUACACAGAGGAGGAAGCCAAGAAAAGGACGCAAGAAGAAGAGAAAGAGAGAGAUAAAGAAGUAAAGAGCGAGGAGGCUGCUAAAAAGACGCUGAUGCGUACAAAGAAGGGUCUGGAAAUUCUCGCUGAGAGAGGCGAGGCGUAUGACACGGAUACCGCUCCAUACUUGGAAAUUGCAAAUCAGACCGGGAGGCCUAUCCAGAUCCCAAAAGAAUCAAAAAAGGCUUUAAUGCUUGCCAUGGGCUAUCACGAACGAGGAAGAGCAUUCCUAAAGAGAACGGAGUAUGCUUUGGCACUGCCAUUCCUGCUGGAUGCUGACAAACACUUCUGCGAAUGCGGCACGGAGCUGCUGAACAUGGUUGAUAAUUAUGCCGUCCUUCAGCUCGAUAUAGUUUGGUGCUACUUUCGCUUGGAGCAGCUGGACUGCUUGGAUGACGCCGAGUCGAAGCUGAACCUGUCCCAGAAAUGCUUCAAUAAAUGCUACGGAGAGAAUCAGGAGCGGCUGCUGAAUAUAAAGGGCAGUUACGGCAGAGAGAAGGUGCUUUUUCUGAGACUGUAUCUGCUGCAGGGAAUAGUGAGCUAUCACAGCGGCAAAGCCAGCGAGGCGGCCGAAAAACUCACAAAGGCAAACCGCCUGUACGGUGAAAUGUCCGUGGACCCCACCAAGGUAGAGAGCCUGUUACUGAUGGGAUGCUCUGCGCAGGACGCACGUCUGGCCCUACGAGCCUGCGAUGGAAACGUCGAACACGCAGCAAACCACAUCGCAUGCAAUAGAGAGGAAAAAGAAAAGAUUAAAAGAGAAGAACGUGAAAAGAGGCGGAAGAAGCUGGACAAGAUUAAUACUCUAAGGGGUAUGGGGUAUUCAGAGCGAGCCGCCGCUAAAGCUCUUCGUCAGAGCGGGGGAAACGUUGAACGCGCAGUCCAGCUUCUCCUCGAUCAUCCGGAAAUGUUAAUUUCACAUGACGACAACCCAGUUAAUCCCGAAUCCUUUAAACCUUCCCAAGAGAACAUUGACCAGCUGGUGUAUAUCGGUUUCACCGCAGAAGCGGCUGAGGCGGCACUUAGAAUUUUCCAGGGUAACAUCGAGUUGGCUUCCCAGAUCUUGGCUCACCAUCAAGGAAACAUCCCUCCUCAGCUUUUACACGAGCUGGAGAAAGCUCCGUCUGCCAAAGGGACCCCCCCAUCGUCUUCGCAGGCUCCAGGGACGAGCACCUCCAGCCCCGACGAGUACGACGUUGAUCCAGUGAAAGAGAUUCUGGACGAUAUCCCGGAGCACGAAGAGGAUUAUCUGGAUUUGACUUUGGAGGAAGAAGGAAACGUCCUCGUGGAAUAUCUUUCCUACUUACACAAGAUGUAAAGUGCGAGGAGAUCCCGGAGGACAGGGGUUCUUUGCCGGGAUUAGUCGAUAAGCGCAGCCUCUUCUUUAUAUAAAGUAGGAUCAGCUUGUUUUAUAGGAGGAUUUCUUAAAUAUUUUGGAAUUAAAUGACUAUUUUUUCCAUCUGUAUUUGUAGAUUUGUUGGGUUUCGAGGGGGGCCGGUUAAUUUGCCGUAUGUUUUUAAAACUUUUUUCCCAAAAGUUUUUUAAGAGUUUUGUGAAGUGCUGUUCAUCGUGAAUCACAGUUGGGUAAUUUAUGACUGACUGUCCCUUUAAAGCCUCAUUGGGAAGAACUCUCUUAUGCCACGCCCAGCACUGCUGAUGUCACCGGGCCAGCUCCAUGACUUCAUUUGGCUCACUUAAAGUAACAGACACCAAAAA